CUGAUUUUCUCUCUGGACUUCUGUGUGGCAGAGAGUGAGUGAGUGAUUUCAGAAGGUAGCACAACUUCACUUUCCAUUUUGAGAGUCAGAACUGUUCCUUUUACUUUCUCUCUGAUGAACACACACACACACACACACACGGAGUGUCACUAAGAACAGAGGUCACUCCAUGUCAGAGUGGGAGCGGUUACGCCUUCUAAGCUCACAUUUCCCGGUUCCCUCCCCCUCACACCAGCAGUUUGACAGUGGGAGGAGGAGGAACCAACAUGUGGGGAAGAGCCAGAGCUGACAGGCUCCGCCCACUGCUGCAUCACAUGUUGUUGAGAUCAGAGCUUAAACUGGCUCCAGUUAUGAGGAAGAGGAAGUAAAAGUCAGAGACAGUCGUGGUGACAGAGCGGUGAAAUGGCAGGAGUUCAGCUGCAGAGAGAAACCUUGUCUUGUUCCAUCUGUUUGGAUCUUCUGAAGGAUCCGGUGGCUCUUACCUGUGGACACAGCUUCUGUAUGAACUGUAUUAAAGACCACUGGGACUCAGAGGAUGAGAGGAGGAGCUACAGCUGCCCUCAGUGUAGAAAGAUCUUUAUGCCGAGGCCUGAACUGUUAAAAAACGUCAUGUUAGCAGAUUUAGUGGAGGAGCUGAAGAAGACUGGACUCCACGCUGCUCCUGCUGAUCACUGCUAUGCUGGAGCUGAAGAUGUGGCCUGUGAUGUCUGCACUGGCAGGAAACUGAAAGCUCUCAAGUCCUGUUUGGUUUGUUUGGCCUCUUACUGUGAGGAACAUCUCCAGCCUCAUCAUCAAGCACCUGCAUUUAAGAAGCACAAGCUGGUGGAGCCGUCCAAGAACCUCCAGGAGAACAUCUGUCCUCUUCACGAUGAGGUGAUGAAGAUGUUCUGCCGCACUGAUCAGCAGUGCAUCUGUUAUCUCUGCUCUCUGUACGAACAUAAAGACCACGACACGGUCUCAGCUGCAGCAGAGAGGAAGCAGAAGCAGAGAGAGCUGGAUCUGAGUCGAGAAGAAGUCCAGCAGAGAGUCCAGGACAUAGACAGAGACGUGAAGGUGCUUCAACAGGAGGAGGAGGCUCUCACUCUCUCUGCUGAUAAAGCUGUGAAGGACACAGACGAGAGCUUCACUGAGAUGAUGCGUCUCCUGCAGAGAAGAAGCUCUGACGUGAAGCAGCAGAUCAGAUCCAAGCAGGAAACCGAGGUGAGACGAGUCAAAGAUCUUCAGGAGAAACUUCAGCAGGAGCUCACUAAGCUGAAGAAGAGAGAAGCUGAACUGAAGCAGCUCUCACUCACACAAGACCACAACCAGUUUCUCCUCAACUACCGCUCACUGUCAGCACUCAGUCCAUCGACACACUCGUCCACCGUCCACGUCCGUCCUCUGAGACACUUUGAGGACGUGACAGAGGCUGUGGCAGAGGUCAGAGGUCAACUGCAAGACGUCCUGACCGAGACGUGGACAAACGUCUCACUGGCUGUGGCUCAAGUAGAUGUUUUACUGACAGAACCAGAACCAGAGACCAGAGCUGAAUUCCUCAGAUAUUCACAGGAAAUCAAACUGGAUCCAAACACAGUUCACACACGUCUGUUAUUAUCUGAGGGAAACAGAGAAGUGACAGUAACGUGGGUAAAUCAGUCUUAUCCUCAUCACACAGACAGAUUCACUUAUGUGGGUCAGGUGAUGAGUAAACAGAGGCUGACUGGACGUUGUUACUGGGAGGUGGAGUGGAGCGGAGGAGUUUGUGUAGCAGUGACGUACAAGAACAUCAGCAGAUCAGGUUCAGAUGAAAGUAGAUUUGGAUUCAAUGACAAAUCUUGGGCUUUAGAUUGUCACCACAACAGUUGUGAGUUUGUUCACAACAGAAUCAGGACUAAAGUCUCAGAUGUUAAAGUCUCCAGACUCGGAGUUUACCUGGACCACAGAGCAGGUCUUCUGUCCUUCUACAGAGUCUCUGACACCAUGACUCUGCUCCACAGAGUCCAGACCACGUUCACUCAGCCUCUCUAUGCUGGAGUCUGGCUUUAUUCUCUUUUUCAUGAAAAAUCCACAGCUAAGUUGUGUAAACUCAAAUAGACUUGAGUUCUUUCAGGAGCAGUGAGUUAAACUCUGUGUUUAAAUCUUUAACUUCUCUGCGACAACAAGAACAUCAACAAGGUUUUCAGUUUAAAUUCCUCAAAUCUCUUGUUUCCUGAGUCUUCAUUUAGUUUUAAACACUUUAAAACAGAACAAAGUGAACUUUAGCUUCUAUAAAUCCUUGAUUUUAUCUCACUCUGGCCUUUGCAUGCUUCUGUGUUAUUAUCACUGCUGUGUGUGUGACACGGACGCCACAGAUUAUUCUUAAUCUGUGUGUGUGUUAAUAAAGGCAUCAUCCAGGCCUGUGGCUGCAGGUUAUAUUAUGUUAUACAAUCAAUAUUUCUUCCAAUUUAUCUGAAUGUCCUCCUGCUCUGAGGAUGUUCAUAAAUGCACGUGGGUCAAGUUAAUUUCAACAAAAGUUUUUUUAGCACAGAAUUUUGCUGAAUAGCUUAUUUGAAGUUAGUGAUGGAGGCAGCAGUGGAUCAACAACUCCUGUGUGC